GACGUCACCGUCACAGCCGUCGCCGAUAUAGCUGCUGUAUUAAUAUAAAUCAGCGGUUAGAGAACUGACAAAAGAUUACACGCAGUGGCUCUAUUUCUGUCCCCCAAAGCUCAUUAAUGGACUUAGCCUCCUGUGUGAAUGUAGGGGACGAAACACCGCGUGUCCGAUACUGCAGAGCGGUGCUGCUCGCAUCUCACCUUUUAUUUACAGUCGCGCCGCCGUCCCCUCUCGCGCUCUCUUUUGACUCGCAGCCGGCCGGCCGGUGAUAGGGGAAGACGCACGGACAUACGCGCGGACCGUGGAAGGGCACUCAAGAUGUUGACGUUAUUGACAGCCAUGUAUCUAGUGGUGAGGGCGACGUCGUCGCAGUCUGACCCCAUUAGAGUUCUGGUGACCGGUGCAGCUGGGCAGAUUGCUUAUUCUCUUCUGUACAGCAUCGCUAAGGGGGAUGUUUUCGGCAAAGAUCAGCCAAUUAUCCUCAUUCUGCUCGACAUCCCUCCCAUGCUGCCAGUCCUGGAUGGUGUUGUUAUGGAGUUGCAGGACUGUGCUCUCCCACUUCUGAAGGAGGUCAUUCCAACAGAUAAGUUGGAGGUGGGUUUCAAGGACCUGGAUGCCGCCAUCCUUGUGGGCUCCAUGCCCAGGAAAGAGGGCAUGGAGAGGAAAGACCUUCUGAAAGCCAACGUGGCCAUCUUCAAGACCCAGGGAGCCGCCUUGGACAAAUACGCCAAGAAAACUGUCAAGGUCCUGGUUGUAGGAAACCCAGCUAACACCAACUGCCUGAUCGCCUCCAAGUCUGCCCCUUCCAUUCCCAAGGAGAACUUCUCCUGCCUGACCCGUCUGGACCAUAACAGGGCCCGCUCACAGGUGGCGAUGCGUGUCGGUGUCCCCUCAAACAGUGUGAAGAAUGUCAUCAUCUGGGGGAACCACUCCUCCACUCAGUACCCUGACGUCCACCACGCCAAGGUCACAGUUAAUGGCAAGGAGGUGCCUGCCUUUGACGCUGUGAAGGAUGAUGGCUGGCUCAAGGGGGACUUCAUCACUACAGUGCAGCAACGUGGGGCAGCUGUCAUCAAAGCCAGGAAGCUGUCCAGCGCCAUGUCCGCUGCCAAGGCCAUCUGCGACCACAUGAGGGACAUCUGGUGUGGCACUCCAGAGGGUGAGUUCAUCUCCAUGGGCGUUUAUUCCAGCGGGAAUUCCUACGGAGUCCCUGAUGACCUCAUCUACUCAUUCCCUGUUGUUAUCAAGAACAAGUCCUGGAAGAUCGUGGACGGGCUCCCGAUCAACGACUUCUCCCGCGGGAAGAUGGAUGCGACGGCCGCCGAGCUGGUGGAGGAGCGGGACACCGCCGUGUCCUUCCUGGGUGUCUGACUAGCAGGCCAGCCUGCAGCACAACAGCACACAGACCCCCAGAAUCCUCCGUCCUCGCAUCUGUGAAAACCUCCCAGCAGAGCUGUGUGUGUGUGUCAUUCGUCAAGCUUUUAAACGUAAUAAUAAUAAUAAAACAAGUAACAAGAACAGUCCCUCUGGCCUUUGUCGGAAGACACUGAGGAAUGCUCUUUUAGUAGAUAAGAAUGCUCUAGUCGUCCAGUCAUUGUAAUGGGUACAUGUUGAGACCCAUAAUAAACCAAAACCAACAGAAACCGA